AUGUCAUUGCUAACGAUGCUCUGCGGGUGCCUCACCCGCGGGGAGGAUACCCAACUGCCCUCUGAACCCAAGACACCAGGAGUGAAUUCUCAGAAUCACACUCGCCACGGUAUUCACACAGGCCAGUUCAUUCUCUCAGCUGAGGGCGGAUUCACCCGAGCCUCAACUCCGAAUCUGACGGGUUUGCACGGACCCCCGCCCGAUGGCUCGGACGAUGGGGGCUAUGCAAGUGUGGUCCCGCUUCCGCAGUACACUCCGCGCCCGAUGAGCAUCAACGAAAAGACGCUUGAGUCACACCUACGCGAUCCCCCAAUAUCGUCAGAGACUGGCUUCCAAUAUGAGAAGGAUAUCUAUGAUGGAGAUGAUACAUCAGACAAUUCUUCCGAUAUCUCUUACCCGAGUAGUUAUGGUAAUACUUCUACUGCAACCAGGGAAACUCCACCGCCUGCUUACUCUCCACGUCAAUCGUCUGUGUUUACUCGUUCUCGAUCAAUCUCUGUGUCUUCCUCUAUGGUAGUUCCAAUCAAUACCCUGCCUUUGGCUCGGGUGCAUGAUGGGCGAACGUCGGCACCACAUUCAGAGGCGGAUGAUCAAUCUAUUCGUCGUCACCGAAGGACCUCAUGGGAGAGCAGGUGA